AUGUCAACCGUCGCCUUCGUCGACGACGGCGGCCACACGGGCGCACCCUUCAGCGUGCCCACAGCGAUCAUCCUCGGCCUCCUCGCCUCCUUCAUCCAAUCGCUCGGCCUCACCAUCCAGCGCAAAUCGCACCUGCUCAACGAAUCGCUCUCCCCCGCGCGUCGGGUCACCGAAUGGCGUCGUCCACUCUGGCUGGUCGGUUUCGCCAUCUUCCUCAUCGCCAAUGUCGGUGGUACAGUAUUCCAGAUCGGUGCGCUGCCCAUCGUCAUGCUUGCCCCGCUGGGCGCCGUCAGUCUGCUGUACAAUGCCGUGCUCGCGCGCUUCCUGCUCAACGACCUGCUCUCCAAGUACAUGGUCAUGGGCACCUUGCUCAUCGCCAGCGGCGCAGUGCUGAUCGGAUACUUCGGCGUGGUGCCUUCGCCACCGCAUAGCCUGGAUGAGCUGCUGGAUCUGUUUGCAAGACCAACAUUCGUGGCCUUCGCGACCAUCUUCACGUUUGUCUUUGUUGGCGUGCUCACCGUCUCCCAUCUCGCCGAGUGGCAGCUGCAUUCUCGAGCCCACCGUGGGUCGCCCACGGCGAGGCCGGUGAAAAAGCGCACCGGAUCGACUUUCAGAGGGAGACUGCGCCGCAGAUGGUCAGCGCCAACGCUCGCCCCUGUCGCAGAGGUCAGCGAGAGCAGUUCGGGCAUCGCCACGCCCGUGCUUGCCAUUCGGGAUGAGGCCAAUCGCCAUGGCGUCAGUUCCACGCAGAACGGCAUACCUGAUCGCAAUCUCGUACCACCCACAGGGCCCGCUAGUAAGAGAGACUACGGCACCCUCGGCCCUUCGUCGCGCAAACGAAAGAAACCCGACGUUCCCCGCUUGGACCUGGCCUCCCUCGAACCGCGCGUCGACGCGGAAACGCUGCGCUCGACAAAGCUCGGCUUGGCCGUCGCAUACGGUGGUGCAUCGGGCACUCUUUCAGGCGCGUGCCUGCUGCUGGCCAAGUCCGGCGUCGAGCUGCUCAUGCUCACCUUUGCGGGCGAGAAUCAGUUUGGGAGGUAUCAGAGUUGGUUGUUGCUAGGCAUCCUGCUCGCGGCGGCCCUACUGCAACUGUGGUACCUCAACAAAGCGCUCAAGCUCGCCGAUCCGACACUUGUGUGUCCACUAGCAUUCUGCUUCUACAACACGUCGAGUAUCGCGCUCGGCCUGGUGUACUUUGACCAGGUGGGCGAGCUCGCUUGGUACGACGUGGUGCUUGUUGCGCUUGGCACAGCGGUCCUAUUAGGCGGGGUGUGGACGGUGAGCUUGCACUCUUCGGACGAUUCUGAUUCCCUAGAGGAGCGUCAGCCGUUGCUCUCAUCAUCCCCUUCGGUAGAAGAGGGUAUGUUGGCCAACGGCGCCGGCGUCGCGGGACCGCAUCUUCCACCGGUCAGCAUCUCACCUAGCACGUUCGACAUUCCACCUCUCGCCAGCCCGGAAGAGCUACUCCCGACGCUGCCGAGCGAGGGGGGCACCACACCAAAACGACGCAACUCAACACGGCGACCGUCGAUCCGAUUGGAUUUUCCGGACCUCUUCUCGCCCACGCGCACGCCCGAUCUCGAACGCAACACCUCCCCGGACCAGUCUGCGGUGGAAGAGGUGGGAAGGAGAAAGCCGUCCCUGAGUGCGUUGUUGGAACACGGCUUGUCGAUUGGGAUCAGUCCCAGUUCGCCUGGGUUUCAUCUGCAGCCGAGAAGUCCGUCGUUGACCCGGGCAACGGGGAGAAGGGCGCCAGGGAGGAGCAUGAGCGAGGCCGAUGCGGGCGCUGCCAACGAGGCUACGCAGAGAGUGGUCGGGGUAGGAGGAAACGCGGAGAGGGUCGAGGGGGAGGAGGCAACGAGCGGAUUCGCUGUCAUGUUGGACCAGAUCGAUCUGAGGAGAAGAUUGGAGGCGGUGGGACUGGGAAAGCAGGGCGGAUGGUGGAGACGCUGGUUCGGAAGAGGUGGGCACCCAAUAGCCGAGGAAGAGGAGGGAUUUAUCGUAACAAGCGAUAGCAGGGGGAGUCUCAUGGCUGCGCCCAGACCGCAGGGGUUGGGCAUUCACAGUGCGCCUGGCACAUCGAGAGAUGGGAGGAUAUGA